CGCAGAGGCUGUGUACUCCAUCCAGAAUGUCAGAUUUGUUUCAGCCACGGAGGGCUUGAGAGGGGGGAGGGAGAGAGGGAGCAGGAAGGGAUUUAAUCCCAUUGACGUGUAUCAAGAACAGGCGGCAUUUACUGGAGAAAAUCUGCCUUCAGCACCAUGAACAGCUCCCUGGCUCAACCGCUUCGUUAUGCAGGAGGCUACGAACCCCAGGAUUCCAAAGAGUGGAAGGUGGUGAUCCCAGCCUUCUUGGGAGUGAUCUGCCUGGCCGGUUUCGCAGGGAAUGUGUGCGUAAUUGGGAUCCUACUCUACAAUUCCAAGAAAGGGAAACCUUCCAUGAUCCACUCCUUGAUCCUCAAUCUCAGCUUGGCAGAUCUGCUCCUUGUUCUCUUUGUGCUGCCCUUCCGGGCAGCUGCUUACUCCAGAGGAGUCUGGUACUUGGGCUGGUUUCUUUGCAAAACCUCUGACUGGUUCCAACAUGCUUGUAUGACAGCCAAGAGCUUGACCAUUGCUGUGGUAGCCAAGACGUGCUUCAUGUAUGCAAAUAACCCGGCUAAACAGGUGACUAUUAAGUGGCAGACCAUCUGUGCGGUGCUCUUGGCUAUUUGGCUGGUGGCCUUGGGAAUCCCGUUACCCUUGUGGUUCUUCAGCAGCCUCCGUGAGCCAGAGGUGGGCUCUGCUCUGUGCGUCCUGGUUAUUCCAACUCAGGCUCAUGAGUUUAUGUCAGCUUUUGUCAAGCUCUAUCCCUUGCUGGUAUUUUGUGCACCAUUCACUUUUGCGUUCUUUUAUUUCUGGAGAGCUUACGGCAGGUGCCAGCGAAGAGGGACCAAGACACAAAACCUGAGGAACCAGAUCCGCUCCAGGUGCCUGACUAUGAUGCUUCUGAGUGUGACUCUCACCUCUGCUGUGAUGUGGCUUCCUGACUGGAUAUCUUGGCUGUGGCUCUGGCACCUGACCAAAGAUGGGCCUGUCCCUCCACAAGGAUUCAUGGCGACCACCCAAGUCAUGAUGUUUGCCAUCUCUUCGGCCAACCCUCUUAUCUUUGUACUUAUGUCCGAGGAGUUCAGAGAGGGUUUUAAAGGCUUGUGGAAAAGGCUUACAUUGAAGAAGCUUCCAUCAACCCCGGAAGAUCAGGAGGAAACAGCAGCUGAUGAUGACAGGCAGGGAACCCCAGAUACAGCUCCUUCACCAGAGGCACUGACUCCUAAUCAAGAGAAAGAGCCCCCUUCUGUCCCCUGUACCUCAGAAAGCAUGGAAAUAAAGGAGAUGCCUAUUUUGCCAGAUGUUGAACAGUUCUGGCAUGACAGGGAAGUUGUCCCUGAUGCACAAGACAAUGAUCCUAUUCCUUGGGAACAUGAAGAACAAGAGACAGUAGGUUGUGAUCAGCAAAAGUAAAGUUAGAAAGCUGAAAAGGCAAGCAGGAAAAAAAAUCAUUAGGUUGGAAUUCUGCUUUCAUAAUGUUUAAGAGUAGAUCCAUUUAAGUCAAUGGGAUAUAGAUGUGUUGUAACUUAAAUCUCAUUGCUUUCAAUGGGUCUGUUUCACAAUGUAGGGACACAGUCCAUUAUGAUUUUCUUGCUUACUUGGAAUAUAUGCUAAACUGGUAUAUAAGAUAUAUUGCUAUAUUGACUAUUAUAGUUUUACUUUUGCAUGUGUUCAGCAGCGCUGGAUCUUAUUGAUUUCUCCAAAAUUUAUGUUAUGUAGAAAUGCAGUUAUAACCACUAUGCAUUCAGAUUUUAUUCCUCAUCCUAUUUAAAAUUCAUAUCCUGCACUUUCAUGAGGAAAAAUUCAAAUUUCAGAAGUGUUAAAAUGGUUAACUUUGCAAAGUAGUUUUGCUUCAGUGAGUGAGUUGAGAAACUGCAUGACCUGACUACAAAUUGGAGGGGCUUUUUGCUUAUUAGUAAUGCAUAUAGCAAGUUUUGUGUGUACUUUGAGUGAAAAGUUAGGUGUUUGAGCCAGUUUUGUUUCAGUCCAAAAAAGUGCAGAACAAAAGGUGUUAUUUGGUUUUCA